CAUAACUUCGACAAGGAAUUAAGCUGUCUUCCUCCACGCUGAAGUUGGAUAUUCGCCUGGUGGCUGCACAGAGACGUCUCGUUGUGAGGGGAGAAUGAAGUUGAAAAUCGCACCUAUCGGAUUCAUGUUUGGGUUUGGCUGUGGCGCCCUUUUUCUUAUCAUCACUCAGUAUCGAGUCACAGAACAGAAGGCCCAUCUAGAUGCUAGUACCAGGACCCAACUCAAGUACCGAAAAUCAAAUUGGGCGUUGCAUUCAGAAGAAAACAUGGAUGGACCACUCAAGGAUCUUCGCCAGCAAGGACAGGUUCGCCUACCGAAGAAAGAUGUAAUAGAGAAAAUGUCCAUCAGUGAAGCAUUCAAAACGUACCACAGUUACCUUGACAACGUAGAUAUGUUGUGCAAGCGAAAGCUGCGCAUGGGCAAACUCGGAGACGGAGGCUGGGAGAUAUGUGAUGACGCCGAAUACCGACCAGUAAAGCCUUGCAUUGUGUAUUCCUUUGGAAUCAACAACGAUUUUUCUUUUGACGAUGAAACGGCCAAAAACUAUGAGUGUGACGUCUUUUCCUUUGAUCCGAGUAUGAAACAGAAAAGUUACCAGAGAUCACCACGGGUGCGGUUUUUAAGUUUAGGUAUUGAUGGAAAGGACUACAAGAAGGGUCCCUGGAAUCUUCAUUCACUGACCAGUUUCAAGAAAAUGUUGAACCACACAGGGAGAUUCAUUGAUGUUCUCAAGAUGGACGUUGAACACUCAGAAUGGCCAGCGCUGCCCAACAUGAUCUCAUCAGGGGAACUGUCUAAAGUCCGGCAGUUUCUCGUGGAGUACCACGGAAAAUGUGACACUAAGAAUGACUGCCGCAAUAAACUGAAAAUUUUGAAAGACAUCUAUGAUAAAGGAUUUAGGAAGUUUUAUGUCCACAAAAAUCAUCAAUGUGGAUUUAAAAAUAAUUUAUUUCCUGUCAUAAGGACAGGUUGCUAUGAAAUUCAUUAUGUGAAUAUCAACAUACAGUAAAUGCCAUAUUUGAUCAUUUUCAAAACAACAUUUCAAAGUCUGUCGCCACUUCAAAAUUUCCGGAUCGCCGUCAUAUAGCUGAGUUCAGCGUGAACAACGAACAAACAAAAGAAUCAAAAUUUAAACCCUCUCGUCUUUUAUUCCAUGUAUUGCGCUAAAACGAUACCUUCAGAUAAGUAUAACAGGACAUCCUGAAUCUACAUGUAUGUCUGUCACUGUAAAACUACAUUUACUAUGUGUUCAGUACUAUGUCAAUAAAUAAAAAGACAAAACCCUUUCCAUAACCACAAGAAAUCUCUGUAAAAGCGGACUCGAUUGUACGAGUCCGACUAUAUCAUGAGGAUGUGUUGAACUAAUAAUCAUACCAGGUGAGCGUAUUCAAUACCAUUCGCCCUCAAGCAAGGCUAUCAACCUGUAGGUCAUAUAAUCACAGAUGACUUCUCUAUUCAGUAUAAGUGUUUAUUCAUAAAACCGAGUGGCCAUAGGCCUAUAGGUACAUGUUGUAUGGUAUGGGUGUAUAUACAUUAAUAAGGUAAAACAUGUGGAACUUCUUAGCGUCAUAGCAUGCAAUAUGUACAUUGACAAUUGUUUCGUUAGUACUACAUUGUUACUUGACCUUAACGAAACAGAUUUCGGUAAAAUUCGGCAACGGAUAAAUUAUCAAUGAACUGAUUUCUCAGUUCAGCAUACAACGGAUAAGGUGGUAAGAAAUAGCAUUCACUUUUUUCAGUGUUUAAAUCACAAAAAGGACAAAUUCUGAGUUCUCUUACGAUCCCCAUAUAUCUUCCCGUCUCGAUAAAGAGUUCGUAUGAACUACAUCUGAAUCAGCUUUAACAGAUUCAAUAUUUGGGGUUAAUCUAGCUUCCGAUUCCUUUAUUGCAAACUUCAGCUCAUCAAAGUUAUCUCCUGUAGGUCCAGGAUUAAGUUCGAUAUCUUCGGAGAGAUAAAUAAGUGUCACAAAAGGUUGUCGCCUACAUUCGAGGGUAUAGUUCAGAUUUCGGUAUGCAAACAAUGUCGAUUGUUUGUAUACAUGUUCACAAAUUUAACCAUCUGAGAACAAAGAGGAUGGUGGUAUGAUGGCCGGUAACGCCGAUUACAUCGAUGAUGCUGCAGUAGAUCCCAAAUACCAGAUUGUAAGAAAUGGUGCUGUACAUAACAUCAGACGGUUGUCCAUGUCGAUUCCUGCUGUCCACCCCGACGUCGAGGUGUAGGAGAGCACUGUCACCUGCAUGUGUCUAUGGAUAUCCCCAUUUGAUGACGUGACCUUUUUGACGGAUAUUUGCCCCAGAUUUUAUUGUUAUAUUUCGCAGGUUAUUUUUAAUUAACGCCCUAUUGCGCAGUGUGCUCUUCAGUUGACAAUAACAACCUUCGUCACAUAUCUAAAUAUGGACCAAACUUUCGCGAGCAACCUCCUACUAAUUGGAUUCACAACUUAUGGAUGUUGUCGGCAUAUGACAAAAAAUGGUCCAAAAGAGAAGAGGAACAUGUUGAAUUUCUUUCGGAGUGGGUUGAGUCAGUGCGUGAUGUUAUUGGUAAAAUGCGUAAAAUUAAAUAGAGGAAACGGAAUUGGAAUAUACCCAGCCAGCUGUCAUUCCAAGUUUGUAGUUGUUCCCACUGACAAGGCCUCAAAUAGCAUAACCAUUGUAUGUAAGCAUCACUACAUUAAUUGUUUGAUCAAAGAACUUGGCAUAAAUUACAUCAAAUAAAGGCCACAGUCAUAUAACGUCAGUAUGUUGACUGGCGAAGAAUUCUGCCCAAACCAUGCAUUUCUGAUAUCAACUUUUGACUUGACUCUAAAACCUGAAGACAUAUCCAUUCCUCUUUUCUAGUGAAUCCACGCAAAGAGAGAUAUAUUGCUGGGUCCAGAAAAUGUACCACCAAAUCCCUGUCUCAAAGGCUAAUUAUAAUCCUUAGUACAAUCAAGGAAGAACUUUCUUUAGAUUGAAAUACAGUAUUUGACGCAAGUGGAAUUAAUACCAUGUGGAUUCCUAAAACCACAAGGGAUUUUCUUGUCACAGAAAUGAACCAGUUCCAUUUUGUCAAAACAUAUGAUUUUUCAACUUUGCACACCACCAUCCCACAUGCCAAACUUUAGGAAAAACGUCAUUCCUUGAUUGAUAGGGCUUUUGUUAUAGUUACGUAUCUAUAUUCAGAGAUUCGGGACAAUUUUGUCAAAAAUGAAAGCAAAUGCUAUCUACAGUUUACUGAGAAAACAAUUUGUGAAAUGCUGGACUUCAUCAUUGAUAACAUAUAUGUAAAACUUGGAAGUCCCCAAGGGCACCAACUGUGCUCUCCUUCUUGCGUAUCUGUCUCUUUAUGGAUAUGAAUAGGAAUUUCUGAUCGGAUUGGCAAGAUCAAAGCAAGAUAUUUUGGCCAAGAAGUUUAACCAAAGCUUCAGGUAUAUCGGUGAUUUGAUCUCGUUCAAUAACAAUCACUUAGCCAAUUCCCUUCCAUUGAUUUACCUGACCUGAAAUAGAAAUAAAUGAGACCAGCGAGACCGCCUCAUAUGUUUCAUAUUUAGAUCUAAGCAUAAAGUUCCAGAAUGAUUUCAAAGAGUGCCAUAUGACUCUUGCACAGAAGGUGUUUGAUCGAGAUUACAACAUUCAAGGCCUCAGUAAAGCUUUCAAAAAUGUUUAUUGUAGACAAUUGGGGGACAUUUCCAAAUUUGCCGCAUUAGUGGCAAACAUGACGUCCAAUACAAUUCCCUAUUUCGACUUGUACCAAAUGUUCACAUUAAUUUUUCAGGUGAACAAUUGACUUUCCUUUGCAUGUGUAUGUGACGGGUGCCCUCUGUGGGGCAGGAUACACUCACCUUUUCGCGAAAAUCUGGUAUCAUCACUAUUUGAUUGUUAAUCAUUAAUGCUCAUGUUAUAGUCAGAAUCGUACUAUCAAAUUUCUCUUGAAUAUUGAAAGGGUUUUGUUGCUUUUAUGUCCAUCCUUAAAACAGGCUUUGAAUUCUUUGUGAGAUGUAUGUUGAGGGAAUACUGAAUUGUUUAAUGUUAUUUUGGUGGAAUUUUCAAUUAUAUAGAAUUAUUUAUGAUAUAAUUCAGUUCAAUUGUUAUUUAACUCAUUGAAGGCGCUAGGCAUGAUCAUGAAUAAAAUUGAAUUAAUUAAUUAAUUAAUUAAUCCUAUUUUCGUUACUGGAUGUAAGAUGUGACCAGGGCACACCAUAUCAGGCAAUACACAUCAUGUGUUAUUUUAUGUUUAACAGACAAUAAAUAGAUAUCAGGCAAUCAAUGAGUUUCUCUUCGACAACAUGGCUACAAAUCCACAAAUAGGGUUAUUUUGAGUUUAUACCUGCACAUCAUUCCAACACAGUCAGGUUUUGUAAUCUGCUCUUUUCUACAAUGCUGAAUGUUGACUAACUAGAAUCUCUACUAAACUCAACGUUUAUAUGCACAAACUCAUACAGUUCAACCUAGUUGUCUCGGAUAUGUCAAUCUCAUUAAAAUCAGAUCUUCAGGACAUCACAUUAAGGGUCACGUCAGAACGACCUUUCAUCCAACCAAUCAGAGUGUCGCUUACCAGAUCAUGAAAGUGA